AUUCUUUAUAGAGUUUAAUCACUUCAUGCACAUUUGAUGCUAAUUAAUUUCAUCGUUUUAAUUCUUUUAUAAGUAUGCAUACAUUUUCUUUCUUCAGUUUCAAUUUAAUAGUCUCGAUUACAAGAAAACAAAGAAACUAAAGUUUGGUAGUUUUAAUUCUUUUGGGCAAUCUUUGAUUUAUCUCUUUUCAUCUCUUCACCAAAUUUUCUUUUGUUUCUUGUGGCUGAAUUAACUAAAGAAAAAACUAUUUGUUUUCGAGAUAAAAACUAGAAAAAGAAAAGAAAAGAAUGGGUCGGAUUCCAUGUUGUGAAAAGGAGAAUGUGAAAAGAGGACAAUGGACUCCUGAAGAAGACAACAAAUUGGCUUCUUACAUUGCUCAACACGGUACUCGUAAUUGGCGUCUCAUCCCUAAAAACGCUGGAUUGCAGAGAUGUGGGAAGAGUUGUAGACUAAGAUGGACGAACUAUUUGCGUCCUGACCUGAAACACGGACAGUUUUCUGACGCUGAAGAACAUAUCAUUGUCAAGUUUCACUCUGUUCUUGGUAACAGGUGGUCGUUGAUUGCGGCGCAGCUUCCAGGUCGAACAGACAACGAUGUGAAAAACUAUUGGAACACGAAGCUGAAGAAGAAGUUGUCGGGAAUGGGGAUAGAUCCAGUGACUCACAAGCCUUUCUCGCACCUAAUGGCAGAGAUCACCACUACACUCAACCCUCCUCAGGUCUCUCACCUCGCUGAAGCUGCACUCGGUUGUUUCAAGGACGAGAUGCUUCACUUGCUCACCAAGAAACGUGUUGACCUAAACCAAAUCAACUUCUCAAGCCCUAACCAUAACCAUAACCCUAACAACUUUAACCAAAUUGUUGAUAACGAAGCUGGUAAGAUGAAACUGGAUAAUGGUAAUGGGAUAAUGAAGCUAUGGGACAUGGGUAAUGGAUUCUCGUAUGGAUCAUCUUCCUCGUCCUUUGGGAAUGAUGAAAGGAACGAGGGAUCCGCGUCUCCUGCGGUUGCGGCGUGGAGGGGUCACGGUGGAAUACGUACAUCAGUGGCUGAAACGGCGGCAGCGGAGGAGGAAGAGAGGAGGAAGCUGAAGGGAGAAGUGAUGGAACAAGAGGAGAUUGGAUCUGAAGGAGGAAGAGGAGAUGGAAUGAUGAUGAGGAGGCAACAUGAUCAACAUCAGCAACAUGCGUUUAAUGUGGAUAACGACUUGUGGGAUUUACAGGCUGAUGAUCUCAUUAAUCAUAUGGUUUGAUCUUUUUAAUAGAUUUACUGUUUACAUUUUCAUUUUGGAUCCCGUUGGUAGUUAACUUAUGGUUAUGACUUAUGAGUCAGUAGGAAACUUUUUUCCUGGUUGUUUACAGAUACUAAUAAGGUUUACUCUUUUUAUGACAAUAAAUGUAAAUAAAUACGUUUUACUUUAUACGAAAGCUUAUAUUAAUUGGCUUGUGCCUAUAGAAAUAGCAUACUUACGAAAUUUCAAAUACGUCACUUUUUCGGCAAAUAUUUCCAUUAAUUUUAAAGAGUGAUUAUAGAGACAAAAUACAGAACCAUUGAAGUACUUAUUCUUACAUAUCACAUGACAAACCCCAAUGUUUCGAAAAAAAAACACCAUCAGCAUCUUUUUAACAAUUGCUGAAUUUUAUUUUCUUCCCAGAGACGAAAGCUUUUAUCACGAGAAGCAGUAGCAACCAGAUCAGGUUGUUUUGGGUUCCAACAAAGCUGAUCCACACUAGCAGCACGGCCCUUGAGUUCAAGGUCUUUAACCUUACUCUAUACCUCACAUUCGUAAAUAAUCAAAUUACAAAGAGUAAAUAACUCGAAGUGAUAAUAACAAAGAUGAUAACUCAAUUUGCAUCAAAAGGUCCAC